AUGGGGAACAUAACUUGUGUUCCUCAGGCACCUGGGCGGCUCAGGAGCUCUUUCAGAAGGAAGCCUUCGCUGAAGAAAGAGCAAAAUGGCAAGAAAAAACUGCCCAGCUUUUUUGGUAUAGAAGGAGGGCAGGAGAGAGAUACGACCACAGACAAAAUCCUGCAGUAUAUUCCAGGAAAGAGUAUUCAAAACCAGGAAAACCAGAAAGAAAACUUGGACCAGAGGUUCCCCAGCCUGUUCAAGAAGGGACGAAAGAAAACGGUUGUCAGGAAUUUGGGCAAAAUGAUCUAUUACUCCAAGGUCAAGUUUAAGUUCCAGCACUGCCAGGAGGUGAACGACUGCUUCUUGGAGCUGUUCCAGUCUUACCUGUACUUCCAGUCUACGGGCUCCAACGGACUCACCUACCAGGGACUGCUGCCUUUGAAAGAGCUGCAUGUGUGUGAAAUUGGGACUGGGAAGAGCACCGGGCAGGAGGAUCACGCUUUCCGCAUUGCAGGUCCGCUGCUGAAUCCCCUUAUCGUGUUUUGCCCUACUGAGUCAGAGCUGAAGCAGUGGCUUUAUCACCUGGAGAAACAGAUCCAGCUAAACGGAGGAAGCCCUGCCUUGCCCUUCCUCUCUCAGAACGACUGGAAGCAGAGCUCCAUGGGGAAAGAGGAGCUGCGGUGGUCCGUGCAGAACAUGCCUGUCCAGGACUGGAGAGGGACCCAGCGGGAAUCCCUAGGCGAUGUCCUCUGUGUUUCCAAAGUGAAGCUUCAGCAUCUGCCUUUCCAGGAGCAGCACGACCGGCUGUUGGUGCUUUACCCGUCCACGCUGGUGAUAGUAUCUGAAGAGCGCAACACCCUCUGUUUUAAGGGCGAGCUGCCACUCAACGCCAUCCAAGUGCUUUUUGAAGAGAACGAGAAAACCUCCUUUUUAAUAGAAGGCCGGCUCAUCAAUUCGAUCCGGGUGAUCUGCCGCAGCUACGAUGAUUACCAGGAGUGGCUCUACUGCCUCAAAACAGCCCAGUUUCGAAACGCCGACUCCUCCCUCUCCGGAUCAGAGAGUUUCUCGGGAUCAAAGCCACCACACCCUGGGCAGUUUGCCGGCAGCGGGAGAGGGUCGCUCACUUCUGAUGGCCGUACAAACUCCUGGGCAUCAGGAGGGAGAGUGGCCACCUUAACACACCUCUCCCAGAACAGCGGCUCUCUCCCCGACGGACAGUCCUUCGUGCUGAUGCCUGAGAGCAGGGUGCUCGAAGACCCCCUCUCCUCUGGCUAUUCCCAGCCUCUCCAUUGCCUGGCACACGCCAACUGGCCAAGCACGGGGCUACCCGCACAGGACCUGCGGAGGGGGGGCAGCGCCAGAAAGUCCAAGGGCAAAUGUGGCCAGCAGUUGCCCAGCCAGGACACGGAGAGGACCAUCUGCAGCCUUAUUCCUGAAAACCCCAACGGCGAGCUCCUGUCCUCGGUGUACAACGAGCCGUACUCCAUCCACAGCUCGCAGCAUCACCCUGCAGCGCGCCCGCCGCACCUGGACCUGAGCAAUCUGAGCAGAUGGAGCUUGGUGGGAAGUCAACCCUCGACAGCUUCCAGCUCCCUGGAGAAGCCGGCCAUGCCCCGCUCCCCCUUGUACGCGGACCCCUAUACGCCCAGCUCCCCCAGUGCCCGCAGCGUGGCAGGCUCCAGCUUCCUGCAAGAGUUCCUACAGUGUCAUGGACAGAUGGGUUCAUCACAGGCGGAUGGAUUCCCAGCCCUCCCAGUAGCCCAGCAUCUCUCUCUGCAGAAGAGGAACUGCCAUCCCCUGCCCAGUGGUCACUGCAGUGAGGUGCCAGCGGCGCCCAGUUACAGCCCACCCAGCACCUCAUGCCGUCUCCAGCUGCGGCCUCCUGAUGCUUCUUAUCUUGAAGAGGUCUCUUCUCUGCAAGAGGAACAUCUGGGCCCUUCAUUGCACCCACCAGAUGGGAAUUUUGGCACUUACGACCUGCCGGACGCCAGCUGCCCGAGCCCCGACUCCCCAGCCUACCACGACUAUGCCGAGCUCCAGAGCUUCCAGAGCGACUUCAGCUAUGACAACCUGUGGGAAGCCGAGGCCAAGGAGCCGGGCACCCCGCACGCCUCCCCAGCCCCCGGCCAGCAGUUUUACCAAGCCUGAGGGAACUCCUCCAUAACAAGGCACGGAAAAAAACCCCGGGCUCUUUUCUCACUGGGUUUCCCUCCAGGGUGAGGAGCCUGGGGCGUACAAAGCACAAGACUCUACGAAAUGUCCUGGCAGGUCCAGAGUUCAAAUUUCUCCCCUAAAUCUGCGGAUGGGGCUAAAGCACAAAAGCUCUGGAGCUGGAGGAGCAGCGUGUGUGCCAUGCUAAGGAGCACGCCCUGCGUCUGCCCCGGCUCGGGGAGCCCUGGUGAGGGAACGGCAUUGCCCCCCUGAAAAUAAAAGGAAGAACAAAAAAGCUGGUCAGGCUCCCUCAGCUAAAAGGAAGUGAGUGUUUAGAUGGAGCAAUCACUCAAAGGCCGAAGAAAAGGGCUGGGUUAGUUUGAUAAUAAUUUUUACCAGAGCCCUCAGGCUGGUCACUUUGAGGAUGCGCCGAUCCCUGAGAAUAGCUGUUAAGCCAAACCUUGUCCCAUCGGGCUCUGAAGUCAGCAAAGAUGCAUGAGAUGUAAGGUUGGUAGCAAUAGCUGUGCUCAUAGGAUUGUCUUCCUGCAAGAUCAGACUUAUCUGACAGACAUGGAGAGAAAAAAAAAAAAAAAAUCCCGAUCUGGGCAGAAUGGGAUAUUCUUUCCACUUUAUGCAAAAAAUUCUUUCCUGCCAGUGCUGGUGCCAAACCAUGGUGGUGACCUGCAACGUGAUGAGCCUGCCGCCUUGGCAGACGGAAUCAAGAAAUGUGCUGCCAGCAAAUAUGCCAAGUGGCUUGUGUUUACCAAGGUCUUCCCUGGAAAGGAUGCCCUAGAGUCCUCUCGCAGGGGCUGCCUCCUUUCCUCCCACCCCUCUGCACGUUACCGGACUCGCACUAAACGCUGCCUGGGAAUAUCUAGGCAGGGAGGGAAGGAAGAAUAUUCGCUACAAGCCAAAUUCACUACGGCCAUAAUGCUCCGGUGAUCAGAGCAAUGCCAUCGUGGGCUGCCACCUCUCUCUUUUCCCCUCCCGAGCAGCAGCAAGAGCAGGACACAAACAAGAGGGGACAGAGUCUCAGUGCUAUUGUUUUCCAGCCUCUUAAGCCAGAUCCUUUAGCACAUAUAAGGUCAGCAGCAAAUCCAAAUGUUUUUACCUGAGGCUCUAAAUUCUUAACCUUUGUUCCCUAAAGAGGCUGCAAACCAAACAUAUUAGCAAAAAAAUCUCAAUUUUCAUUCUUUCACUGGUGCAAACAAAACAAUCCCGGAGCUCUUUGUACUUGAAUAUCUACGUAUUACAUUGUACUUAUAUGUUGUUGGUUUUUUUUCAGAAGGUGUCUAACAAAGUUUACAUGCGAGGUUUGAGUGGAUUAUAUGUAUUUAACGUGUAAAUGUGGCUGAGUUGAAGAUCUAUUUAAUUUUCUAGCUGUGGAUGGCAUUCAGUACUGUAGAAUGGGCAGCUGUCUGCACAUUCGUGUGUGUGUGUGGGUUUGGGUCUUCUAGCUGUUAUUGUUUUAUUUCAGGUUUACUCUCAUUUGGGGAAGAUUUGUACCUAGUAACUUAACCCCCAAAGGAUCUAUUUAUU